AUAAUAAUAUAAAAAUCAUGUCUUCAGACAUUAGCGCUGCUAAAGUACACGCAUCAGCUGCUCUUAGAGAUUAUAAUAUAGCUCCUCGUGCUGAUUACAGGACAGUAUGUAAAGUUGAUGGCCCUUUAGUUAUUUUAGAUAAUGUUAAAUUCCCUAAAUUUUCCGAAAUAGUUAAUGUAUGCUUAGCUGACGGUUCUAUUAGAAAAGGACAAGUACUAGAAAUAUGUGGUAAAAAAGCCGUCGUCUAAAUAUUCGAAGGUACAGACGGAAUUGAUAAUUUAUAUACUCACUGCGAAUUUACUGGUGAAACUCUUCAAAUGCCAAUUGCCGAAGAAAUGCUUGGAAGAGCUUUUAACGGUUCCGGAACUCCUAUAGACAAAGGACCUCCAGUUUUAGCUGAAAAAUUUUUAAAUAUUAAUGGUUCUCCAAUCAAUCCUUGUUAGCGUGUAUAUCCAAAAGAAAUGAUAUAAACAGGAAUAUCAGCUAUAGAUUGUAUGAGUUCAAUCGCUAGAGGAUAAAAAAUUCCUCUUUUUUCCGCCAAUGGUCUCCCUCAUAAUGAAAUAGGAGCCCAAAUAGUGAGAUAAGCCUCCCUUGUGAAAGGAAAAGAUGUAUUGGAUCAUUCCGAAGAAAAUUUCGCUGUUGUUUUCGGUGCUAUGGGUGUGAAUAUGGAAGUCGCAAGAUUUUUCAGAACCGAUUUUGAAUAAAAUGGAUCUAUGGAGAGAGUUGUUUUAUUCUUAAACUUAGCCAACGAUCCUACUAUAGAAAGAAUUAUUACCCCACGUUUAUCUUUAACAACUGCUGAAUAUUUAGCUUAUGAAAGAGAAUUACAUGUUUUAGUUAUUAUGACUGAUAUGAGUUCAUAUGCUGAUUCUUUAAGAGAAGUUUCCGCUGCUAGAGAAGAAGUGCCUGGUAGAAGAUCAUAUCCAGGUUAUUUAUACACAGAUUUAUCCACAAUUUACGAAAGAGCAGGUCGUGUAAAUGGAAUUAACGGUUCAAUUACUUAAAUUCCUAUAUUGACAAUGCCUAAUGAUGAUAUUACACAUCCUAUUCCUGAUUUAACUGGAUAUAUUACUGAAGGUUAGAUUUUCAUUGAUAGCGUAAUAACUUCGUAUAGUAAAUUUAUCCACCAAUUAAUGUUUUGCCUUCAUUAUCUCGUUUAAUGA